AUGAACGUAGCGUUCUCGUCGCAAUUGCCACCCAAACACAUGCGAUUAUCCAGAAAUGCCUCCAGAUCGAUGGGGGUUUUUCCUGGUGGAUCUGUGCGCGUUAAUCUCACGGUUGAGGACGAGUUAUGCGUGCACUUGAUCUGUUUCCCAUCGAGCGAUAUCGACGAAAACAUUAUCAUAUUGCCUGAUUGGAUUGACAAGAAUUUUCACGUAAAAGGUGACCAGAUUACAAUGAAGGUCGUUGAUAAUUCAAAAGCUAGAGUUUGCCAUACUUUGCAAAUAAGAAAAGUAUUUGGCAACGUUUGGCUGCCGCCAACGCGGGUACUUCUUGAUGUUCGAAAGCGUGCUAUGCCAAGAUCGAAAGUUAUAAACGAUUGGGAAAAUGUGGUAACAAGGAAUUUGGGGAAAUAUUUUCUAUCACUGAACGCUGUUUUUGCAGUGCAUAUUUGUGGUGAACUUUGCAUAUUCAAAGUUGAACGUAUAGAAAUUGAUGGGCUACCGAUGACAAAAGAAGACACUGUCAGAAACAACGCACAAAAUACACAAAUAGAAAUACUUCCUGAACUAAGUUUUAUAAAGAAUGUUCCAAUGAUUGGAGGGCUCGGAAAAGAAAUAGAAGAACUACGUCGGCUGAUCGAUGAAUCUUUCUCUAACUUCGACAUCCAUAAUAAACUCAACAUACCAAUAACGCGAGCCGUAAUGAUUUCCGGCCCUCGAGGCGCAGGAAAAUCUCUUCUUAUUCACAGAAACGUAUGUCAGAAAAUUCAAGCACAGCUAUUCGAAAUAUCACUUGCAUCGGUUGUAUCAGUUGUCAGUCAAAUCCGUGAUCAGGCAGAGUUUUUAGAAAAUAACUUGAUUAGAUGGACUUUUACCAAGGCUAUUUUGUCAGCUCCAAGCGUUAUCGUGAUUGAAGGAUUCGACUUACUAGACAACG